UGCAUAACUACCAGGAAGUUCCAGUAAAUAAACCAUUUGUCCGUUGGACCGACCUUCCUUCAGGGGAAAUUCUGUGUAGCUACCGUCAGUAGACAUUUCCUGGAUUCCCCGUGUGAAUGGCGUCUUGUGGAUAGUCUGUUUAGUACAGCCUACUGUGUUGAACACCACAUGCGCCUUUACAGAUUAGAGAGAGUUUUUCUUUGUUUCUAUCAUGAUGGGUGCGCUACAGUCAUGAUUCCCUAAAACAGUUGGACAUGUGUUGUUGCUUUUUGAGCUGGGAAAAUGAUUUGCGGGUGGAAAGCUACUUGCUUUUGACUGAACAAAAAUGAAACUACUUCUCAUGGUGGGAUUGUUGUUGGCGUUUGUCUCUACCUCAUCAAGUCUCCGGAUUUUGGAAUGGCCCAAACUAAACUGUACUCAACAGGGUUUGAGAUGCGAAGCCAACAUCAAUAACUGCCUGGAUAAAGAGUGGUUGAAGCCUCGGCGCUACACCCCUAACGGUCCAGUGAACCUAGAGGUGGAGGUGGACACCAGAAAAGAUGAGGAGGGACACCUGGUACCUGUUUUAGUGGCACGAUGGAAAGCUCCGGAUGACGGAAGUAUUAGUUCCCUGAAAGGAACAGAGCUUCAUGUUCUGAUGAUGGCCACAAACCAGUAUCUGUGUGUUCGAUACGAAUUCCUCGAUAAGAUACCCAUGCGUAAUCCAGCAUAUGAAAAGUGGUCUUUCUCCCUGGAUCGAGUGGUGGUUGAACCCGGCCUGUCGUACGUUGUCUCAGUCUCCAACCUCCCCAAACCAAACCUGAAGUACUCUGGUUAUAACAUCAAUAAAACCGUCACUGUCCCAGAUUGUAAACAGCCCAAGAUACAGAGGAGUAAGGUGUGUCUGGACAGUGGGAGUCUGUGGAGGCCCAAUGCUACGUUGGAGCGGUCCACCGGACCACAAGGCAGAGCCGUGCUCACUGUCGGGUUCAGUACAGACCAGCGCUCACAGAACUACAGAGUCUCGCUGCAGUGCUCCAACGACAGACACUGGCAGGACACUGACAUGACCAACCAAACAUUGCUGAAUGUAACCUUUGACCUGGAGAAAUGGCCCCAGACCUGUUGCCGUUUUGAUGUGGAGAUCCAGCCGUUUUUUAGCCGUUGCAGCAACGACUGCGUACGUAGAAGGAAAACGUUUAACAUAUGUGGGACCGCUCCAACGGUGUUAACUGAAGACUCUUCCUCUCCUAAAACCUACACUGUCGUAACGGCGGCGGCGGUGGUGGUGGUGGUGGUGGUCGGCGGAGUGGUCUGUUGGGUUGUCUAUCAACUACGGAGACGGAGAAAGAAAGUCCCACCAGGCCCCUCUCCCCCAGCUGUAGAGCCAGAGGCCCAGACUCCUCAUCCUCCCAGGGUUCCUCCCAGGGUGUUGGUGAUCUACUCUCAGGACCACCCUCUCUACAGGAAGAUAGUCCUGAAGCUCUGUGCGUUCCUGCAGGCCAAGUGUGGAACAGAGGUGGUGUUGGACCUUCUAGACACAGCCUGGCUGGGCACUGUGGGGCGACUACCCUGGCUGGAGUGGCAGAGGCAACAGGUCAACAAAUCAUCAGACAAGAUCCUGGUCCUCUGUUCUCGUGGUGUUCAGGCCAAGUGGAGGGCGAUGUGCGGCCAGAGUCGUGUGACGUUAAGAGAGGACCUCCGGUCGCCCAUUGACGACAUGCUGACCCCGGCCCUUAACCUCUUCCUGCCCGACAUGCAGCAGGCCGCCGCCCUGGGGAAGUACAUGGUGGCCUACUUUGACGAUGUGGGCAGCGAGCGCGACGUGCCGUCUGUCUUCGACAUCGCUGUGAAGUACAAGCUGAUGAAGCACUUUGAGGAGCUCUGCUUCAGGAUCCUGGAUAAGGAGAAGUACGCACCAGGACAGGUCAGCCACAUCGAGGGGAUCGGAGUGGAAGAGUACUUCAAAUGUCCGUCGGGGAGGGAUCUGCGUGACGCCAUCGAAGCCUUCCAGGUGUUCCAGCUAGAGAACCCGGACUGGUUUGAACAGGAGUGUGUUGACAUCAACGCAGAGGAGGAAGUGGUCGCAGUAACAGAGUAUGAUGCUCUACUGGAACAGCCGGUCGCUCCUGUUCUAGAGUUUGUUCCAGAAUACAGGAAGGGGCCUCCUGUUCUAGAGUUUGUUCCAGAAUACAGGAAGGGGCCUCCUGUUCUAGAGUUUGUUCCAGAAUACAGGAAGGGGCCUCCUGUUCUAGAGUUUGUUCCAGAAUACAGGAAGGGGCCUCCUGUUCUAGAGUUUGUUCCAGAACACAGGAAGGGGCCUCCUGUUCUAGAGUUUGUUCCAGAAUACAGGAAGGAGCCUCCUGUUCUAGAGUUUGUUCCAGAGUACAGGAAGGGGCCUCCUGUUCUAGAGUUUGUUCCAGAAUACAGGAAGGGGCCUCCUGUUCUACAGUGUGUUCCAGAAUACAGGAAGGGGCCUCCAAUCUCCAGCUAUGAUGUAGAGAUCAAUGAAAACAGCCAGGGAGUCCAGGUCUUGACUCCUGAAGUGAAAGUGGAAGGUGAUGGGACGUCUGUGCUGGAGGUUCUUCCAAGGGUCAGCUCUGACAGCCACCAGGUCUACCCAUCAUACCCAGUCGUUGAGGCCCCACCCGGGGUACUUAUCUCUGAUCUGUACCCCCAUGCCCUGGACAGUCAACCCUGUGGGUUGUCAGAUCUUCUUCUGAGUGAGCCACCCCUGGCCAGAGAGAACUGUCUCCGCCUACAGGAGAGGUCGGGAACAGCAGACCGCUGCCCUCUAGAGAGCGAGGAAGAGGAGGAGUCAUACAGUCCUUCAUCUUGUCAACCCUCUGCUGACACCCUGGAACAACUGAUGUCUCUCCAGCUGUCACUCUGUGGCCUCAGCGCUAUCCCAGAAACCACCUCUGUGUCCACAGAGAAUGGCUACCAAUCACAGCAGCCUGUAGAGAUGGACCUAUCACUUCCUGUCAAGAUGGGCCAAUCACAGCUGUCCUUCAGCUCCAUCCAGGUUACCCCACCUGUACCGACGGAUAGUCCGAUUCGGUACCUCCCUCCCCUGCCAGAGAUGGAGGAGGGUGGGGAGGUGAUGAACCCCUCUUCCCAGGAGAAGAGACCCAUCAGUGGGUCAGACCAGGGAUACAUCUCCAGGAGUUCCUUCCAGCAGGACUCUCCUGUAGACUCCCCUGUAGGGGGGGCCAGCGAGAAUCUACUGACGGCACUGGCCAGGUUACAACAGGACCUCUACCUAAACCAGUAGAUACUCUGGGUUCUGCAAUAAAAUGCAGAGGGAACGUUCUAGAAAAACUGGUGUUAAUCAGACACUCUGGAUCAUAAACACUUUAGUUCUUUCAGAUUGUUACGACAUUAUUGUCUAUACAGUUGUUCUGCUUUCCUGUUUUGAAAAAUGACGCGCGACCUUGAAUCAAUGAAUCAGGCGAUGGGUUUGUACAGCAUAAUCCAUAGAUUUAGUUCUGAUAUCACUUUCUUAUAUCAGGUUGUACUGGACAAUAAAACUGAUCAUGUCCAUA